UACCGUUCUGGUCUCCAUCAAUGUUUUCUUCCUGUCACGAGAGGAGAAAAAGACGUAGCAGAGCUAGCUAACUAUGAAAAGCUGAAUACAAAGCCCAUCCAUCCAUUGUGAACCAACAUUUGUGGGGUUUUUCUCAUGAUUUUGUAUUUCCACUCGCCUGUCGUUUAGCCGAGUCGCACAUACAGAUAUUCGCGCGAUUACAUUGCUAGACAGGUAGGGAUUUAAAUGUUUUCACUCAUCUGUUAGCCUGCUAGCUAGCCAUUUAGCUAGCCGGCUUCUGUUGCUCAGCUGGUAAGAAAUUGUUUUGCGCAUCAUCCCAUCAUCAUGUGACAAGAUUCAUAUACCAUGGCAUACUGAUCUUCUGGACCACCGUAGUCGCACAGGAAGGACUUGUUUGUGCUCAUAUCAAAUAUGAGCCACAGUAACCAUAAUGGACCAAGCAACAAACCCAUGCUGAUCUGUAGAGCUGGUGAAUAACUGAGAACUCAUCCCUAGCAGGACGUAAUUAUCCUCAUUGCUCUACUCUAGGUGCUUCCUGAGCCAGUCAGUCAUCUGGUACCCCAGUAUCUCACCCCUGCCUCACUAUGUCUGUGCCCAAAGACAUGGGAGAGCGGGGCAAGGAGAGGGAGCGUGGCGCCCGCCCCAAGGUGAGGCAGAGCCGCUCUGAGGAGAGGAGGGAAGCGGGCGUCAGCAGGAAGGGUGGACGGGGCAAGAAGAAGGGCCUGCCCUCACAAGGCAUGGUCAUGGAUAGGCCAGUUAGCGAUGGGUUCAAGUAUGGAGAUCAGAUGGGCAGCUUGGUCAGAGAGUGUGGUUCUUCGUCACCAGUGCGGGAGCGGAGGAGGUGGCCAGGCUUAGGGAGUGAAAGGAGCACUGUGAGGCUGGCACAGGAUGGGGCGUAUGGGGUGUCUCUCUCAGAGCUGCCCACCCAGGAGGCUGAGGGAAAGGCGGCAGCGAGUGGAGGUAGCAGUAGCAGUAACAGCAACAGCAGCAGCCGCACCCUCAGGCAGAAGAUCCAGGAUGCGGUGGGCCAGUGCUUCCCGAUCAAGAGCCACAGCACAGUGUCCUCCGCUCACAUAUUCUCUCCUUCAUCUGUUGCUUCAUCUUCCUCCUCCUCCUCUUCAUCUUCAUCCUCCUCUUCGUCUUCGUCACUCUCAGUUUCCUCGAGGCGUAAGAUCCACCUUAGUGAGCUGAUGCUGGACAGCUGCCCUUUCCCAGCUGGGACGGAGCUGGCACAGAAGUGGUACCUCAUCAAGCAGCACACGGCGCCCAUCUCCCAGCCUCCCCUCCUGGAGUCUUCCUCCCCGGGCGGCUCAGUAGAGGUGGGUGGAGAUGCUCCUGCCGCCGCCGCUGUCACUGACACUGUGGAGGAUGAAGAUGACCUGCUGCGUGAGCGCCGGCGAAUCAGCAUCGAACAAGGCGUGGAGCCGCCACCCAACGCACAAAUCCACACCUUUGAGGUGACGGCGGAGAUCAACCCGCUGUACAAACUGGGGCCCAAGCUGGCCCACGGCAUGAACGAGCUGGCUGGAGACGACCGAGCCACUCUGCUACAGCAGCAGCAACAACAACAACAAGAGCAACAACAACAACAACAGCAGGAGCAGGAGCAGCAGCAGCAGCAGCAGCAGCAGCAGCUGCAGCAGCAGCAACAACAGCAGCAGCUCCUACUUCAGAGGCAGCAUCAGCAGCACCAGCUGCUCCUCCAGAGCUGCCUGGACACGCUGGAUGAAGUGGCUGCCUCCUCGUCCUCUUCCACAGCGGCGGCUGCUUCAGCUGCCUCAGCAGCCUCGUCCUCCUCCUCCUCCUCCUCCAACUCCUCCACUGUCCUGGGGGUCACGUCCAAUCUUGGCUCGGGAUCGGAAUCGACCUCCCUGAGGGGCGGUUGCCCUCAGUCGAACCCCCCUGAGGGCGAUCCGGCCAAACCCAAGGAGCGCUUCCGCAUCCACACCCAGAUUGACUAUAUCCACUGCCUGGUACCCGACCUGCUGCAGAUCACCAACCUGCCCUGCUACUGGGGCGUGAUGGACCGCUACCAGGCCGAAGCGCUGCUUGAGGCCAAGCCCGAGGGCACCUUCCUGCUGCGCGACUCGGCCCAGGAGGACUACCUAUUCUCGGUGAGCUUCCGCCGAUACGGGCGCUCACUGCACGCGCGCAUCGAGCAGUGGAACCACAACUUCAGCUUCGACGUGCACGACCCCAGCGUCUUCCAUGCGCCCACCGUCACCGGCCUGCUCGAGCACUACAAGGACCCCAACUCGUGCAUGUUCUUCGAGCCGCUGCUGUCCACGCCUGUGCACCGCACACAGCCCUUUAGCCUGCAGCACAUCUGCCGCGCCGUCAUCAGCAACCACACCAGCUAUGACGGCAUCAGUGCCCUGCCCAUCCCAAACGCGCUCAAGGAGCACCUCAAGGAGUACCAUUACAAGCAGAGGGUGCGCGUGCGCAGGAUGGACACAUGGUGGGAGUAGGGAUACACCCCCCCCCCAAAACCAAUUAACCUACCAGCCCCUACUCUUCACUCCUCAACCCACCAAUCACCACCCUGAUACCUUAUUUCCCUCCUUAAGCACAUCCUUGGGAAAAUAAUAGUGCCCAUCCAUCCAUUAUAAGCCUUAAUUUGUCAAACGAAAUGUAUUCUGCAGUGCUUUGGGGACUAUGCUUCCAUGUCUUAUUUUGACCACAGACGGCUCUUCUUUGCUAGUGUAUGUGCUGUGGUGAUAGCCAUGAAUGUACAAGUACCUGUGCUUUUGGACAUGGUGGUAGUGUAGGAAAUCUAUCAUUUCCUCAUAUUCAUAAGUAAAGGAUGAAUGUAUCUCGCAUUGUAGAGAGGAUCCUGGGAGCUUUUGGAUCAACCUCGGAGGCUGAAGCAUUUGCACCGCAUAGUGGAGAGACACUACACUCUGUCCUGCAGUAGAAAGUAACACCAAAUAGUAGAAAUGCAUCUUCUCCUUAUGCCUAGCCUGUGGUGCUUCAAAAUGCCACAUUAACCUAUUUUAAAACUGAGGACAUUUCGCUUCUUUAAACAAGAUAUUGGAGAUAAUCCCCUUCAGAUAAUCUCUUGCCCUCUCCAAUCCCUCUCAACCUCUUGGACCAGAGAUAAUCAGCACCUUGCUUGGGGUGAGAAUAUGUUCAGCGAGCAAAAAAUAAGUGGUGGCAGAUAGUCACUCCACAAUCAUGCCCUGGUGAGCUGUGGAGACAUUUGUGAAUGUUUUUUUUUUUUUUUGUAAUUUAAAUGAAUAUUCUUCCAGUCACAUUCUGAAUGCCCAUGUUCACAUCCUGCAGACAGGUGAUCCAUGGGGAACCACUUAAUGAAAUGGGGCCAAUCAAUGACCGGACUGAGCCUCAUCCUGUGAAUGUACGACACUUAAAAGCUUCCCACCCACCACCCACCAUGCCUUCUCUCCCCGUCACACUCAAUUAGCCUCGCAUACAGUGAAAUAACGUCCCCAGUGCAUUAAGGUGCCAAGGGGAGCGCACCUGUGUCAUGAAUCAGAGUUAUGACUUCUUGGGAGGUGUUACGAAGAGAGACCAUCUCAGCUUCCUCUUAUCUUCCUUAGAAAAAUGACUGAUGGAAGAAUGGCGAAUCAUGUCGUGAAUGUUACCUUUCUGUGGGUGACAGCGGUAUUUAUGAGGACUUUUCUUCAUAGCAGGGCGGGGGGUCACUUGAGGAAUAUGGAGCUGUCACGGGGAAUAUCAAAGAAUGAUACGGUCCAAAUAUCCCCACUGCGAAUCUGGUGCACUUUUUGAUCACAGACCUGAGCUCUGUGAAGUCAGGUCAGGGCUUUAUGUGCACAGACAUAGAAGUAAUGCACAGCCUGUGCAUUGAAUAAUGAUGGGGGUCCUAGUUGGUGCUCACCUAAGACGGGGUGAGAAAAGCUUAAACCAUCCACUCCUGCCACCGAUAUCAAAGAGCAUAUGUUAUAUUAGUCAGGAUAACUGAUAAGUCUUUGAAGCACAUUCCUCCCUUCAAAAAGUGAAGUAUCAUGAUUGGUAAUUGUCUGCUCUGCUAAUGUGUUCUAGGUAGGCCAAAAAUAGAGGGCCUUCAUCCUUAGAAACUUGGAAAUGGCUGAUGCAAAAAUUGUGACAACAAUGUCGUCUUCUUCUUCUGCUUCCCUGCAUUCCGGUAAUUGAAUGGGAUCAGUUAGUCGUGUGUCUCAUGUUUAAAAGCGGAAAAAGAAUGCGACCCUCAGGUGCAUCCUCUAUUUCUCAGUAGCUGUCCAGUCUCGGGCAAACGUUGAGAAAGUUUGUUUGGCAUGGUUCUAAGUGAUUCUUUUACUGGAACAGCUCCCAGUUUUAAAACGCCCACAGAGUGUUAUUGUAUAGCCAUACGUUUAGCUCUUUGUUCCUCUAUUUCUCAGUGAUUCUGUUCCUAGAACAGCUCCCAUACAGUUAAUCUGUGUUAUUGUACCAGGCUAAUGCUUCAUUGCUAUAAUCAUUAUGCUAUGUUGAGACACAGUCUUGCCAAAUGCAUACCUGCUACCAUGAACUGAUGGUUGGGGUCAAGGCGAUGGUGCUUUAGCUGAUGGCGUUAGUAUUAAGUGCAGCGUACACCUCACCUCCUCACCCCGUCUGAGUUAUCUGGUCAGCACUCUUCCCACAAUCCCCUCUGGCGAGGCCACACCGGGGCUGUCUGCUCUGCUGUCAAGUCCAGAUGUGUGAGGAAUAAUGCCACUGACAUUAUAAAACACACACACACACACAUACACACUCUCCAUCUGUCUCUCUCUCGCACACACUCAUGCAUACACACCCAUUCUCUCUCUUUAUUUAUAUAUGCUCACACAUAAACAUAUAU